AUGUCGGAAACAGCGACUGCCGAAGCAGCCUACUAUGAGCACACAUUGACUCACCGCCCACUCGACCCGGUGUCGAGAUAUACGCCACACCCAGGCCUCGCCCAGAUAACGUCCAAGCUACUGACGCUGCCUGCUGAGAUACGUGCACGCAUCUAUCACCAUGCCUUCCAGGGCAAUCGCGUGGCAGUGACAUCUGUCCGGGGUUGCUACUGUGGCUCCGUUGCAACCGGACCCUACCGUGAUGAUCUGAAUUGGAUGCUCAAGUUGCCGCGAUGGGGCGAGCUGAGCUAUGAAGUUCGCAGAGCUUUCAUCGGAGAGGCGUUGUGGGAGAUUCAUUGCGAGAAAGCCUUCGAAGCAUUUGUCGCGCGAUUUCGAUACCUCUCCAACGGCAACGAUGCUUUGCUGCGGCAAGUGAGGCACAUCAAAGUCAAUGUCUUUGAGAUCAUCAGGGAAAGCUGGCUCGUUGAAACCAAUGUGUUCGGCCCUGCACUGCGCAGCAUCACCUUCGGACCGUGGCAGAAAGGUUGGACGAUCGACGUGCCGAAUGCAGUCGAGAGCCCGGACGAGCUGAGUGAUGAGAAACUUAUGGUCAGGGUCACGCAUGCUAUCAACACGAAGCAUGGGUAUGGGUUUCUCAAGGAAGCGUGGGAGAAAGGUCGUGUGCAGAGAGGCGGUUGGAAGGCAUUAUUUCUAUUCCCUAUACGGUAUCACGUCAAGCAGAAAGACGGCAAGAAGCGAUGGCAGAUGCAAACCUGGAGAGCGGAUUUGGAUGAGGGCGUCAUUGAGAAGGAUUGGAAAGACGUCCACUUGGUACAGGAGGCUACUCUCGACUAA